AUCGACGCGACGACGCGCGCGCGCGCGCGAACGCGAUGGAAGAUAUAACGCACGAUGCGCCGGCGACGCGCGAGGGCGGCGGGCGGGACGACGCGCGCGAACGGCACGCGGGUCGACCGCGCGCGCAAGCCCUAGUUGGCCGAUCGCGCGCGCGCGAUGGGAGCUCGCGGGACGCGCGCGAUCGAUCGCGGGCGGGCGCGAUGGCGAGGAAAGGUUGAAUGCUGAUUGUGGUUGUGGAUUAUGAACGCGGUGUGGGCGUGGGCGCGCGGGAGGAAGCGAAAACGCGGGGCGAUGGGAUGAAGGAGAAACCCCAAAGGGAGGCGGGACGCGCGAGCGCGCGCGACGAAGAACGAGCGGCGAUUGAGCGUGCGAGAGACUGACGUGUCGAUGACGUUUUCGCGUGAAAUAGACUCGAGAUGAGACUUAUCAAGAGAGAGAUCAAGAUCGCCGUGCCGGAAGGCGUCACGGUGACCGCGUGCAAGGCGCGCAAGAUCAGCGUGACUGGCCCGCGCGGUUCGCUUCACCGCGACUUCCACCACAUCCCGAAGCUCGACCUCACGCUCAACGAAGAGAAUGAAGUCGUUGCGACGAUGUGGUUCGCGAGCAACAAGUUGUCCGGUAGCUUGCGCACGACCGUUAGCCACAUCUCGAACUUGUUUGACGGUGUCACCAAGGGUUUCCGCUACAAGAUGCGCGCUGUGUACGCUCACUUCCCCGUGAACAUCAACAUUGAGAAGAACGGGACGGUUGUUGAAAUCCGCAACUUCCUUGGCGAAAAGCGUACUCGCGUGUGCAACAUGCUCGAAGGUGUCAAGUCGUACCGCGAUGAGUCUGUGAAGGAUUGCAUCGUCCUCGAAGGCAACGACAUCGACAACGUGUCCAAGUCGGCGGCCCUCAUCCACAUGGCGUGCUUGGUGAAGAAAAAGGAUAUUAGAAAGUUCCUUGAUGGCAUCUACGUUAGCGAGAAGGGCACCAUCGAAACCGAAGGUUAAAGAGGAUUUGUGGUGGUGCGUUGUGGGGGUUGUUAGAGGGACUUCUCCACUUGGCGAUAACUUAGAGGGUGUAAUUGAGCGGAUUGGCUCACUCAAAAA